AUGAGUUAUCAAACCUUGUGUCUAUAUUAUCUGCCUUGGACUUCAGCUUCAGCUGAUAAUUCAGACCUUGGCACUGCUAGAAAUAGGCUGUCAAAUGACUGCAAUGACAGUUUUGUUAAACUGUUAGCAUCAUUAUCAAUGCAGGUUUGCAAACUGAAUCCUCCAUUUUGCCAAGAUUUCCAUGAAGUUCCACAAUCCAUGCAAAUGUCCCUAAACUUGUCAGUGAUCAAGAAGAGAGAAGAGACUUUGCAGAAAGAGAAGGAUUUUCUGAGUGCACAGCUUUCUGAAAGAGAUACAAGCCAUGCUCAGGAGCUCUUUAAACUUCAGUCUAAGAUCUCUGCCCUUGAGAAAGACCUGGUACUUCAACAAGUAAACUUGGUCAAUGUCGAACAGGAGAUCAGGGAGAGAUGGAAGAAAUCUCUACAAGACUUGCGCAUGGAAAUGUCUAACAAAACAACUGAUCUUGAAAGAGACAAGAUCUUCUACCAGGAAAGGUUAGCAGCUGCAGAGGAAGAUGUGAAGAACCAGAAAAAGGCACACUCUCAUAAAGUAAGCAUUUUAAACAACAUGAAUGAUAUUCUGCGGAAAAGACUUGCUGAUAAGUUUGAGAGGCUCUCCAAGGUUGUGGUGGCUAAAGGCCUUGAGUUCAGCUUGCAUGGAUGACCCUCUGACAUUGUGAAGAUAUUGCUUGCAGUAAGCUUGUCAUCAUCCUUCAGGAAUGUUGUUCUGUAGUCUUGCACAGAGAUGUUAUAUUGGGCCAGCUUCUGCUGAAGGUCAUCACUGGGCAGCAUUUUAUAAAAAAUUUUCAGUUUGUUGAUGACUUUAAAUAUGCCAAGACCAGCAGCUGCCAGAUCUUGCAUGGACAUUUGGACCUGAUUGAUUACACAUGGGACCAGGGAGAGUAGGAUUUCAGGGGAAGGUGGAGGUUUCGUUCGAUUCUCGUAUUUCAUGUACGUGACAUGUUGUCGUUUCGCCUUAUUUUAGACAUUUAUGCCUUGUUUUAGAUGGUUUUAGAUAGCUUGCGAGUGGCUGUAGAUGUUUUUGAGGUGGUUGUAGGUGGUUGUUGAAAUUUUUGAGGUGGUUGUAGGCGGUUGUAGGUGGUUUUAAGUGGUUUUAGGUCGUUCCAUGUUUUUUACCCCCCUUACAUUGUGAUCACUGUCUCUCGCAUUCUACAAAUCUCCCUCGAAUAGAUUCUACACGAUUGAUUACUUGCAUCAUUUGUGCAUAUAACUCGAGGAAUGUAAUUCCGCGACGCGAUCAAAGGUAACAAACAGACCUUAUGCUAAUAAUUUUCCUUCACGUAACUAAUCGUAGCAUACCCUAUCGCAAAAUGAAGUCGA